ACCAUUUCUUUUCAUUCUCAUGUGAAGUAAAACUAAGGAGAAAGAAGCAGAAAAAGCUAUAAAACUCUCAAUCGAUUUCCACUAUGGCAGAGAAAGACGCAUACCCCUUGGCACCAGCCAAUGGCCACGCCCGGAACGAUGCAGAAUCAGCUGCAGUCCAUGCUGAUGAGCUCCGCCGCAAGAAACGCAUAAAAUGUAUCAUAUAUCUUAUUAUUUUCGUGGUGUUUCAGAGUAUAGUUAUAUUGGUUUUCGCCCUAACUGUGAUGAAAGUCAAGAGCCCUAAGUUCAGGGUGCGGGAAGCUUCAUUCAGUAGCUUUGAGGUUAAUCCAGGAACCCCAUCAUUCUCCAUGAAAAUGAAUGCUCAACUUGGAGUGAAGAACACAAACUUUGGACACUUCAAAUUCGAUAACAGUACUAUUGUCUUCUCCUACAUGGGGAUACCAGUGGGGGAGGCUUUUGUUCCAAAGGCGAGAGCCCGAGCUAGAACCACAAAGAAGCUGACUGUAACAGUGGAUCUGACCUCAACAGCUUUGGCAAGCAUGAAUUCACAGUUAGGGACUGAUCUCAGUAGGGGGGUUUUGCCAUUGACGAGCUCAUCUAAGCUGAGUGGGAAGGUGCAUCUGAUGAAGGUGAUGAAGAAGAAGAAGUCUGCUCAAAUGAACUGCACCAUGGAAGUCAACACCCAGCUGCAAUCAAUUCAGAAUGUGAAAUGCAAGUGAUCUAGUAGUAAUUUCUCUUUUGUUGUGUGCUUGAACUUUGAUUUCUUAUAUCACAUCCGUGAUGUAUGUACUUUCCGCUAUAUAUCUAUAUGCUUAAACUGUAGUCCCCAUACGCCUGU